ACAUUGAACCGAGCUCGCACGUAGUGCAAUACCUGGGCCCCUCGCGCAAAGAGAACACAUUGAAACAGAUGCAAAAGCAGCAACUCUGCUAAAGCUGUGGUUAAAGCUUCUCAUCAUCAACCGCUGCUUAGCGAGCGCGCGCCUGUGUGCACACGUCGGGCUGAUCUCAGGAUUAACCCUCGCCAGACCUCUCUCUCUCUCUCUCUCUCUCUCUCUCUCUCUCCGCCCUUCACCCAGUAACGCCCCCGGACCACAUGGAUGAGCCAUGUGUACGCGAAAAGGUCUAUAAACAUCGCAUGCACAAGCGCGUGUUUUCAUUUAUGUGAGCACCUGGCGCUUAAGGUCAUGCAGGCGCUUUGUCUCCUCCACUCAUUCUGCUGGUGUGAAACGAUCCCACAAACGACUCCUCUCGAGCUGCUACUGCAAUCGUCAGUCGGGCCGCCCUGGUAAAAAAAAAAAAAAAAAUCGACGAGCUACGUAGAAAAUAAAGGGAUCUUUUCAUUUCGAUGCCCAGAUGGCGGACUGGACCUGAUUCGGGCCGCCACCUCCUCGUCUGAGCGGUGCAACGCCAAGCUGUGCGAGUUCCCCAAACACGAAAAGCAAGGAAAGGAAAUGGAUUUCCAUUGAAGUGAGAUGAAGAAUCGCACCGACAGUGAGGAGGAAGGAAGCGGAGUCAGCGAAGCGUCAACGAGUCGACAGCGAGAGCAGCCUGACCCGAGUGGACGUAGACUCACAGAAGACAGACAGAGAGGACAGUUGACCAUCCAGCCACUAAACAGAGGAAGGAAGGAGAGAGAGAGAGAGAGAGACACACACAGAGGGUGAGACAGCAGAGGGGGAAGAAAAGGACACAUUCGCGUCAGGGGAUUCUGAGUGGAAUGAACCUGCCAUGAUGCAACAGAUGUGCCAGACCCCGCGCCCAGGGGACGAAGGAGGGCGUGUCAGGCUAUCGGCCAACCGCAGAAGAAGCCCCGAUAGGUUUAUUUCCAUAUCUAGUUCAGGGACUUUUCCUCUGAAGAGCUUCAUGCAUUACUGACACUCUGCCCAUGUGGUUGUAGUUUUUGUGCUUACCUCCUUCACUCUUGCUUCCGGGGGAGGGGGGGAAGGAGGGAGAGGAGUCUUUUACGUUUUCCUGAUUACCUAUCACGGGAUGUUGGUGUCGUUUCAUGACAGCUGCCAUGGAGAUGGACGGGUUUCUCUAGCGGGCCGUUUCGUACACAACCUCCAGAUGUUGUGCCGGGUGCAGGUUGGACACGGACAGGCACAGAGGUUCUGUGCGACUCAGCUUCCUACUUCGGGCCGCUUGACAACUUCCCGGCAGGAAGUGUAAAACUUCCCAUUUCUGUGAAACCUCUUCCUCUGCAUUCUGGCACUACUUGACCCUGUGAGUUAGUCAAGACUCUGGUCCUCCGGGCAGAAAAAAAAAAAAAAAACUAAACAUGCGGCACAUCCACGUGGAGUUGGCCCACAAGAAGGCUCCAUUAGAGCUUCCAGCCCAGGAGGGGGACCUGCCUCCACCCACAGCCCCAACACAUGGCCUCGAUCCUGGUGUCAGACCGGGGGCCCCCAGGCACUUUGGCCAGGAGGAGUUGCGCCUCCAAAAGGUCUACCAGCUCUCCAUUUUCUCCCAGUUAGGGGGAUUUACUACCUCCACAGAAACCCACACUGAUACCCAACAGAGGCCCGUCCGGUCGGGCGUGAAAAGGGGGCUGGAGGAGCCACAGUUGACUCAUAAGCGCCCCCACUUGGGGGACUUUGCAGACAAUGAGGCGUUGGAGGGAGGGGUUCUGUGUGGGCCAGCCCCGGCUCCAGGUGUCGGUGUGGGGAUGGCGGUGGGCCCUGCUGGGCCCGGCCCCGUAUACUCUUGCACACAGAUUGAGCACAGAGACUCCGAGGGGGGCCUGUCACCCAGGUCCCCCCCCCUCUCCCCGAGCCACAACCCCUCCCGACGCCCGACUCAGCACAACCACGACAGGCCCAUUCCGGACGUGUUCGCUCCUCUCUCACCCAAGUCACCGCCGAUGUCCGACCAGCACGGACCUCUCUUUGACCGGGGCCAUUCCCUCGGUAGCUCGGCCCGGGCCGAGCCCCCCCCCGGCGGGGGCCACGCCCCCGCCUAUUCACUAGGCGGCCCGGCGGCGGAGAGCUGCGGCAACGGCUCGUCCGGCGGCCAGCCCAGCCCCCACUUGCACGAAAUGUCCACCUAUGAGACUCCCAACCCCGCGAGCCCCACCAGCCCUCCGGGCCCCUUCUCGCCCCCACACCACACGGAACUGCUGGAGCCGGGGGAGGCCACCGAAUGGGAAGUCGGGCUCGAAUCCUCCCCACCUGAGCGAAGUGCCACGCAGGCUGCCUCCUCCUCCUCCUCCUCAUCCUCAUCCGGCGGCGGCGGCCUGGCUUCCUGCGAGAAAACCCCAAGCAGCAAUGGCCACCGUCCACCCCCCGGAGGCCACUGGCCAGCCAAAAAGCGCCUGUUGCCCCCCAGCGACACGGGGGAGUCGUGCUCAGAAGAUGAGGGUCCCUCCACAUCCAAGAGAAGCAGGCUGUCGCUGCUGGCCCCGGGACUCGGCCCCGCCUCGUGCCGCAGCACCGACGCUAAGGCUGCUCCUUACUGGAACCACCUGCUGCCCUCCAAAUGGGACCGGCCCAAGACGUCCACAGACUGCACGAGGUCCGAAAGACGACUCAAGAGCGCGCUGCGACUGAAAAGCCGUCAGCUGCGCAGCGGCCGCUCCACGCGCUCCAGCCGGCCCUCGUCCUCCAUCAGCAGAUCCCUGCUCGGAAACUUUGAGGAAUCUAUCCUGAAGGGACGAUUCUCCCCGUCCGGACAGAUCGAGGGCUUCACGGCGGAGAUCGGUGCGAGCGGCUCCUACUGUCCGCAGCACGUCACCCUGCCGGUGCAGGUCACCUACUACGACAUCUCAGAGCACAGCGCGCCCUCCCCCUUCCUGGGGGUGAUAUGUCUCGAGCCUCUCGGAAAGAAAGGAUACAGCAUUCCCAAAGCAGGGACCAUUCAAGUGACCUUAUUUAACCCCAACAAAACUGUGGUGAAGAUGUUCCUGGUGACCUACAACUUCAGCGACAUGCCCGUCAAUCACAUGACCUUCCUGCGCCACCGUAUCUUCCUGAUGCCCGUGGAGGAGGCCGUGGAGGGGACGGACGAGGCGUCUCCAGGUGGCAGAGUGCCUGACCGGAAGAAGAUUCUCUGCUACCUGAUGCAUCUCAGAUUCCAGAGCUCCAAGUCUGGGAAGAUCUACUUGCACAACGACAUCCGGCUGCUAUUCUCCCGCAAAUCCAUCGAAGUGGACACGGGGAUCCCUUAUGAGCUGAAAUCUUUCACCGAGGUGCCAAGAAACCCUAAAUACUCCCCCCGCGUGUGACCCCCCCCCCCCCAGCUUGACCCUUUGACCCUCCCAGACAGACAGACAGACAGACAGACUGCUGGAGUGAUGGACACACAACUCGAUGAGACUCGAUGAGACAUGCCACACGCACACCAGACACGCGUGCACAUAUGAUACAGUGUUGUAGUAAAUGUGCUCCCUUUUUUGUGCUUUUGUUGACAUGGCAAAAAAAAAAAAAAACCUGGCAUUCCUUGUAACUUCCAUUCGUCGACAAUUUUUAAAAAAGAAUUUAGAAAACUUGGUGUAAGAGCAGUUUGGCUCACAUGCAGUCAAAAGCAGGACGUUUACUACACUUGUAUCGCUACAUUAAAAUGAACAAAAGAACCGCAGACACGCGCACACACACAGCACAUCCCACACUCUGAGUUCAGUGUUAACAUGCAUGCCUUGUGACUUAAACACCUGGAUUUUCCUCUAGUGCCGUAUCACACUGUCCUUCACUCUGCCUGCAGCUCCAACCGCCUCAACGGACCAAUGAUUGAAAUCUGACAAAAGUCCACAAACGGACAGCAUGUCCCCCUUUUUAAAAGAAAAAAUAUAUAUAUAUAUAUAUUUAAAGUGAAGAAAAAUAAAAUUACCCUCCCCCACUUCUCCCCAACUCGCACGCUUUCUGAGCAGCAGCAAGGAGGUGAGCAGAGACACAAACACUAGUGGGUUGGGUGUGUUGUCAUUUGACAUUGGAUCUAAAAACAAUGGUGCGAUUUGACAAAAAACUCAGGACACUUAUUGAAGAAAACAUUUCUCUUCGUACAAUUUCACAUAUGGUGGUACAGACGGCCGCGUACGCUUCAGCAAGGAGGGUCGUACCACGUCACCCAGAGCAGGGGAAUCCACUUGGUUUUCAUGUAGUCAGACUGAGGGACACUGUGCUGUUUUUUUUUUUUUCAGUUUUUCUUUUUAGAUUCUGAACAGUCUGAUGUUGGAAGAGAAAAUGGAGGAGAAAAAAAAUAUAAACAACCUGUAGUAUUUUUAAUUUAUGUUUUUUUUCUUUUUU